UGUCUUUGUUGUAUGAUACUAAAUGAGUGAUGUAUUUACAAAACAAAAUAAUUUUUAAAUGGAGCAUACUUAAUUUACAGUACUCCCAUUUGAAAAUUAUUGUUUAAAAUUACAACAAAAAGUUACACACCAAUAAGGUCAAGUUCACACAUUCACACUUUAUUUAGACUUUUUCAUGGAAUACUAUGAAUAAUAAAAUAAGCAACAGAAAAUAUGAAAAAUAAUGAUUCAAUGAAUGAAAACCCGUACACUUGUGUAUAAGCAGCUUUAGUUAAGAUUACCCAAUAGACAGACUCCUUGCAGCCACUGAACCACAACCACACUACACAGUGUGUCUUGUGAAAGUACAGCAAAGAGAAAGUGAGCAUCACGCUAGAGCUACAUGCGCACACACAAAUUGUCAGUAUGUAUAACUAACUGGUCGGGUCUGCAUAAAAAACUUUCUUUAACCCACUUUCUUGGCUGUGUACGAUCAUCUUUUGCCUCUCACCGUCGAUUUGAUGUUAGUGUUGUGUGUCUGGUGGUCGGUAGUGGUAUGCCCUACCAGUGUCCCAGUGUAGUCCCGUAGCGCCGCGCGGUGGUGGGAUGUCGGGACGUGGGGGUACACACAGCUGUGAGUGACGAAAGUGGGACAGUGGUUUUUAUUAUUGUUUUUCUCUGACGUCGACGAAAACGAAGACUAUGUGCGAUAUGCAGAAAAUGCCCACAAGAGAAGAUUCGUCUUGUGACGAAGACUCGGAGAUGAAUUUCGCUGCGUUUUCCGCGAUGGGCGCCGGUGGCACGCACUUUGUGACCACCGGGGGACAGUUGCCUGUUGCUAAACUGCAGCAAAAUGUCACCAACAACGGCACUGCACUCUCACAGGUUGUUGGCGUGAUGGGCGGUGUGGCGAUGGGCGAGGGCGGCGUGCAGUACAUGCGCACGCUGGAGGGCGGCGCCACGCUGCAGCACGCGCCGCAGCUCAUCACCGUGCCCAUCGCACUGCCCGGCGCCAAGCCCGGGGAUCCUCAACCGACGGUUCAGAUUCAGGUGCUAAGUCCUCAAAACUUGCUGCAGGCGCAACAGCAGUCCAAAUAUCACAUGCAGAUACCUAUACAAGGAUUGCAACCCGCUGGUGCGCUAUUGACGGUGGCGUAUUCGCCAGAAGGCAACGAAACCGGCGGCAUACAGCUUGUGGGGCAGAAUGCAUUAGGAGAUGGUACCUACGGGAUGAGAUCAGCAGGUCUACAAGUGUUGGCCGCGAUACCGCCGGAGAUGCAACUAGUUCAACCGUCGCAGACGCAGACCGAUAACAAGGAACAAAUACAAAGCGCCAUGCAUCAGGUUUUUAUAACGCCCAACCAACAGAUAAUUAUAAAUAGUCCCGAGGAUCAGAAAAAUUUGAACAACAACACAAACUCAACCAACAACAAUAACUCGGACAUCACGAGUAUUGUGAUCAAGGAAGAAUGCGAAGACAUUCAUAUGGAUGACGAAAGUUCACAAGGAACAGAAUCAAGCGAAACAAUGUCAUGGCAAAUCAACAAUAGUGGACAACAAGAGCUCGCUAAGUAUUUUAGCCAGCUGCCGCCACAACAAACUCAAGCACUGCCAGUAUCACUGCAACAGUUCUUAAAACUGAACCCGACCGAGUGGAAGAAAGAAGAAAAUAAUCAGAUAGAAAUAGAAAUCUCACCGUUAGAGGAGAACAAAGAAGAGCCCGUCGCGGAAGCUGUUCUAAGCGAAGACGGUACGUUACGGAUACAAAGUAAAAAGAAAAAGAAAUACAAGAAAAAGCCGCCAAAGCCAGCGCGGCCAAAGCCUGGACAAGUCGUUAUCGCGACGGCCUCAGACGGCACGCCAAUAUUCUGCUGCCCCGAGUGUCAGAUGGCCUACUCGGAGAAGGAACAACUAGAGAUUCAUUUGGUGGUGCAUAAGAUCGAAAGGAGGUUUAUAUGCGGUAUCUGCGGCGCUGGGUUGAAGCGCAAGGAGCACCUGGAACGGCACAAGUUGGGCCACAACCCCGAACGCCCAUACGUCUGCGCCGUCUGUCGCAAGGGGUUCAAGCGGCGUGAACACCUCAACCUGCACACCGUGAUACACACCGGCGUCAAGACCGAAAUGUGCCUCGAGUGUGGGAAAGGUUUCUAUCGUAAAGACCACUUGCGCAAACAUACGCGCUCGCACGAGAGCAAAAGAGCGCGCGACGAGGCAGAGGCGGGCUCCGGAGGAAGUACUAGCGCCGCCGCGACGGGAACCACCGCCGCAGGGACCAGCGUGCUCGCGCCCGCCACCAGCCCCGACGUCAAACCAAUCGCCGGCACCAACAUAUUGCCCGAGAUCACCAUACACGUACCAACGAGCGCGAAUGUGCAAGUGCCCGUGCAAAUCAACAUCCCGCAACACGUGAUGUCGUCACUGGCGGCCGCGCAGCAAGCUUCGCAGGCGCAGAACAGCGCGCACAGUAUUCAGCUCAGUUCGCAGCAUAGCUCUCAGCUCGGCUCACCGGACAGUCCGCAGCAUAACGAUGCGCAUGCGCAGCUCGAGGCCCUUCUGGCGCAACACACAUGACACUGCGGCUAGUGUGCCGCCUCACUCACCAGACCAUCACAACUCUACUGCCGUGAUCCUACAACUAUAAAUGACGCGCGAUGCGUCAUAUUACCGUAACAGAGUGUGCUGCAGUUUGCGUAGUUUUCAGAUUUUGUUACCGUCAGGUAUACUACAGUAAAUCUCUAUCCUCAAAACAAUCACUUGGUGUGUCUAGUAAGUUUAAACUUGAGUAACAGGAUCACGCAUGUGUCAAUUAUUUAAGUAUGAAUUUAAAUACAUAGAAUGACGGCAAGAAUAGGCUAGUGCAUGCUGCGAGAGAAAGUAAUAAGAUGUUUACAGUUUAUGUAGCAUGACAACACAUUGUAGCAUUGUAAUUCUUAUAUAAUUUUUUUGAACAUUGCAAUUUGUAAGUAAACCUGGCGGCUGUCUUUGAAUAUGUUAGAAUUUAACAGUAAAACGCACACUGAUUGAUACAUAUCAUCGUUUGUUGUAUAUAUUGAUGCGAAUUAAGUUAUUGAACGCCAUGACAUGUCUCAGGUCAUUUCUCGUCGAUUGUUAAGCAUAGAUGUAAUUUUUCUUUUUUUCGCCCAACUAUGAGAUUACAUAAUAAAUUAAAAUCGAAUAUUGAGGGAAUUUAUUCUGUCCAUAAACUGGUUGGAAAAUAAUUUUAAAACAAUAACAGAUGUGUAUUAAAUCCGAAUAGGCAAUAUUCUAACACCACACGUCUUAAUUUUGAAUUUAUAAAUGUUGAUUAUAAUUCUAAGAGCCAACAACAGUAUAAUAAUAAAAUGUAGGAUAGAUCAUCAUUAUUAUUAAAAUUGGAGAAUAUUUACCAUUUUAUGAUUUUAUACAUAAAAAAAACCGGGUGUUUUAUGAAGAAAAAUCAAUGCUAAGGUCAUUUCACAUUGUAAAUAUCAUUAUAACUGUGAUAUUGUCAUUAUAUACGGAGUCAUUGAUAUCUACAAAACAACACUUUUUGAUGCAGUUUAUUUGUCUGAGAAUGAUAAUCAAAAACUAAGCCGAAAUCAAAAGCAAAAUAUAUUUUACUAUACUUAUUUAAUUAAAUUUUGAACAUGAAUAUGGUGAUAAACUAGAGAUUUUAAAGUUAAAAGUUUUGACCAAAUUCCGACAGUCCGGAUGGGACAAAUAACCGAACUGAAGAUAUUUGUUGUUUAUCGUAAACAAUGGUUUAUGAUUUAUAUGAAUUAAGACCAGAAACAGUUGUAAAAACAAAUAUUAAAACCAAAAAUAUUUAUAUUCAUCUGUAAUAUUUACUAUCUGUUCAAUCAAAGAAUAGUAUCCGGAAUGGAAACUUUCCAUUUAGAAAGUUAAAAAAUGCCCUUUCGGACUUCUACUUGAACAUGGUGUAAUUAUAUUUUUAAUACGGUAUUUUAUGAUUAUAGUCUACAGUUCUUUUUCCCAGCUUACGUUCAUUUUAUCAUGUUUUUGCUUGAUGCGCACCAUUUGCUUGCGAUUAACAUCCAGUCUUAACGAGGGUCGUAUGCGUGAACCGAACUAUUCUAAUAAGCACUCUUAUUAUUACUUUUCCAAGUCAUGUCUGUUAAUUUAUCGUGUCGUAUUAAGAAAUAUUAACGCUUGCUGUAACCAGCACUGUUCUGGUAGCAAACUUGGAGCUGCUUGCGGUUUUUUAUAAAAAGUCUUUUUUUUUAUUAAAUAUUGACAAAAACCAAGUUUAAAGAAUACGCAGUAUGGUUCCGACAGUCCCAAGCAAUUGAUAAUAAAAAUAUGACACUAUCAGCCAAUUAAAAUUUUGAAAAAACAAUCUUAUCAGCUACUUUCCGAUAGACAGACCAAUCAGAAUAUUUUGUUUUAUGGUUACAAAUUACUUAUUUUGAUUGGUUUAUUUCUGCCCUUGAGCUGAAGUUAGCGCGUUGUAUCGAUCAUCGAUUAUUGAAAUCGAUCGUCACGCAUACGAAAUUCGUUAAAUAUAGAGACCAAGCCGGUUCUACCACACGAUAUUGUCAGCUUUAAUGUAGGUGUAAAUUGAUUUGAAUUAUAUUUUUGUACGUAGUGUAAGUUUGAACAUCAUCACUGAUUGUGGCGUGUUUGUAUGAUUAGGACAUUAGAAACUACUUAAAAGGUGCUCUAAGGCGAACUUUCACUGAACUCGAUCAAUUUAAUGUACCGUUUAUGCCGGUUUCAUGGUAAAUUUAAAAAUGCUAGGUAUUAUAAUUAUUUUAAAUAUUAAAAUAUAAGAUGUGGAAUCAGUUUUAUAAAUAAUUUCGUAUGUAUUGCAUAUUAUGUUUUUUCUUCAAUAUCAUUCGAUUUAUAUUUUUCCUUUUUAAGUUAAAAUUAUAAAUUGUUAUUAAAUCAAAGAUCAGAGAAGUCAGAUAUUAAUUAUAAUUAGAAUAAUGAUUGUCAAAUUGCUCGAGGGAAUGUGAAAGGUUUACGUUUAGACAAUUUCCACUAUACACUACCCAUUAGGCUGUAAGUUCGUAGUGGUUAAUUUCGAUUUAGGCUUUACUCACCACUGUGUAUGUCUUGCUUUAUUGAAAUUGUUAUAUAUCUACUUUUGGAGCAAACAGUUUUCAAUACUUUGGAAAACAUUACAUACAUACAUAGUAAAUAGUGACUAUUAAGAUGUAAGAGCCAUUAUCUUUUUUUAAUCAAUUUUGUUUAGUUUGGUGUAGUUCAAGUAAUUUGAAUUAUUUUUUAUUGGUUAUUCCAAAUUAGUAGUUGCAAGUAUUAUAUAUAUUAAGACAUUGUAUUAGAUAAUCUCACUUCCGUUUGGAAGUCGUAAAUAAGUCUUUUGUAAGUUGUAAACUUUUGUAUGAAAUGUUAUUUAUAAAGAAAACAUCUGGAGAGUAAUGAGAUUAAAAAAUAAAACACUGAUUUGGAAAU